UGAAACGUCAAAAUAAGAAAAAAAAUGGCACGCAUCUUUCAUCUCGUGAAUUUUUGCGGACGAAAUAAAAUUUUAUUUUCCAACAAAUUUAAAACAAGUGUUAAAUUAGGAUUCGGUGAUAAAUAUUUUAAACUCUACACAUGUUCCCCGAGGAUUCAAUAUUUGCCCUAUUCUACAAGUGUAGCUGGUACACCUCAAGAUGAAAGGAAGAAAGCCAAAACAUGCUCACCUAUCUUACAAAACCCAGUUUUGGGAGGAAUAUUUGAGAAGAAACGCCCCAAAGCAGGUCCUUGGCAGCAUAUAAGAUACUGUUUCCACGUAGGACUAUCCGCUGUAGGCCAGGAAUCCCUUGGAAAAAUCGAUGCACCUCCAGUUACUUCGUCGGAUAUGUUGAAAGCAAUGAUGGCAUACAUUUGGCCAAAAGAUGAUGCUCUAGUUAGACAAAGAGUAGCAAUAUCUGUGGGCUUACUUGCUGGAUCAAAAAUCAUAAAUGUAUGCGUGCCGUUCUUUUUCAAGGGUGCUAUUGAUGCUCUUGGAAUGCUUAAUAUGGACUCGGCUCCCGAAACUAUUCUAUCAGUGAGCACAGCAAUGCUUAUUGGAUAUGGCGCAGCUAGGGCUGGAGCUGCAGGUUUUAAUGAACUAAGAAAUGCAGUGUUUGCUAAGGUGGCGCAUCAUUCCAUAAGAAAAAUUGCAACAAACGUUUUCCUCCAUCUGCAUAAUUUGGAUUUAGGAUUUCAUUUGAGUAAACAGACUGGAGCUCUGUCGAAAACCAUAGAUCGUGGGUCUAGAGGAAUCAAUUUCGUUCUUACAGCAAUGGUGUUUAAUAUUGUUCCUACAAUUUUUGAACUGGCCCUGGUAUCAAGUAUUCUAGGCUUCAAGUGCGGCCUAGCAUUUGCAGGUAUAUCAAUGGGCUGUGUUGGAGUUUAUGCUGCCUUCACGUUAGCGAUCACACAAUGGAGAACGCAAUUUCGAGUGUACAUGAAUCAGGCUGAAAACGAAGCGGGGAACAAAGCUGUGGAUUCUCUUAUAAAUUAUGAAACUGUCAAGUAUUUUAAUAAUGAAAAUUACGAAACAAAGCGCUAUGACAAUGUUCUAAAGAAAUACGAAGAUGCCAGUUUAAAGACCAGCUCAAGUUUAGCAGUAUUGAACUUUGGCCAAAAUGCAAUUUUCAGUACAGCCCUUACAGCUAUUAUGGUGUUAGCUGCUCAGGAAAUAGCCCAGGGCAAUAUGACAGUGGGUGAUUUAGUAAUGGUGAAUGGUUUGUUAUUUCAACUGUCUAUUCCACUGGGAUUUUUGGGAAGUGUUUAUCGUGAAGUUAGACAGGCCUUACUCGACAUGCAGUCGAUGUUUACAUUAAUGAAUGUUGAUAGUGCAGUUUCAACGAAAUCCGAUGCACCUCAUUUGGCAAUCGGUCGUGAUAAUGCAUCUAUUGAAUUUCGAAACAUUAAUUUCGAAUAUGAGCCCGGAAAACCAAUCUUUAAUGAUCUAACGUUUAGCAUUCCCGCUGGAAAGACUGUAGCUAUUGUGGGUGGUUCUGGAUCUGGCAAGUCAUCAAUGGUGCGAUUAUUGUAUCGGUUCUUUGACCCAAAUUCUGGAGAGGUUAUUAUAGGUAAUCAAAAUAUUAGAGAUGUUGACAUACACAGUUUGAGAAAAAGUAUUGCCGUUGUACCACAGGACUCUGUUCUUUUCCACGACACAAUUUUGUACAAUAUUAACUAUGGGGACCUUUCGAAAACACAAGAAGAUGUUGAAAAAGCUGCAAGAAUGGCAGACUUACACGAAUCAAUUAUCGGAUGGCCGAAUAAGUAUAAAACAGAAGUAGGUGAAAGAGGUUUAAAGCUUUCUGGCGGUGAGAAGCAGAGAGUCGCUAUUGCCAGAGCGAUUUUGAAAGACUCUCCAAUUCUUAUUUUUGACGAAGCAACAAGCAGUUUAGAUUCCAUAACUGAAUACAAUAUUCUCCAAGCCUUAUCGAGAGCUACGGAUGGUAGAACAAGUAUAUGCAUUGCGCAUCGUCUUUCAACAGUUAAGGAUGCCGAUGAAAUAUUAGUCCUCGAACGUGGUCAAAUUGGUGAGCGUGGAACCCAUGCCGAGCUUUUGAAGAAAAAUGGUCUGUAUGCAAAAUUAUGGGAAACCCAAACGCAGCAAAACGUCUAAUGCCAUGAACUUAGUACUAUAUUUUGCGGAAAAAAAUUAAUUAUUGCUGUUUAAGCCAAAGUUUAAAAUGUAUAUAACUAUUGUGUAAAUAAAUGUAAUUUACAUUAACACUUAAA